GGCGAGGGUUUCAAAAUGUUUCUUCCUAAGCACAGCCUUUAGUUUAAGCGUCGUCUUGCAGUCUCUUCAUAGUUGGUUUAGUUCCUUAUCCAUGGCGUCUACAUUUGUUUCACUACAAAACCCUUUUUUAUCUUUUAACAAAAUCGGCAUUCCUUCUUCUAACCAGAGGCUAUUGGGGACGCGAACGCAAGCUCUGAGAAUCAGUGCAAUUUCUAAGAAAUGGGAGCCAACUAAGGUUGUUCCUCAAGCUGAUAGAGUCCUGGUCCGUCUGGAGCAGUUACCUGAGAAAUCAGCUGGGGGUGUUUUGCUGCCUAAAGCAGCUGUUAAAUUUGAGCGGUAUCUCACGGGGGAGAUUCUCUCUGUUGGCACUGAUGUUGGAGAAGUGGGUGCUGGAAAGAAGGUUCUUUUCUCUGAUAUAAGUGCUUAUGAAGUUGAUUUGGGAACAGAUGACAGGCAUUGCUUUGUUAAGGAGAGUGAUUUGCUGGCUGUGGUCGAGUGAAGUUACAUUGGUUUUGUAGGAUAUUACCAACUAUUGGCUUCCCUAGUGGCUAGUGUUGUAGUAUCAAUGUCCUCAAUUGUAUUAAUUUUGAGGGAUAUUUUCCCUUACUUUUUAAUCUUUCAGAACUCUAGAAUAAUGAAAUGAAAGAAUUUGAUGCGACCAUUGUUGUGAUUUGUUCCAAGGUUUAA